UUGCGACAUGUCGUAAAACAUGUUGUCGUAAGCCAUCACGUGGCGGCAUCAUGGAUGCCUUUUGAGUUUUUAGUGGAUUACUACACUGUCAUUGGUGUCUUUAGCUAGAUUGUGAACAAUCAUCGAUAUUUGUGUUGGAUCGCAUCUCUACGGUAAACCCGGAAAUGGCUUCCCGCGAGUAGGAGACGUCUCGGCUCAACCGCUCGCUCGAGUCGUUUCCCCGCAGCAGCUUUCAGUCAGUGUGAGUGCGCGAGGACCUGCCCCCGGUCUGCAGCAUGUUCGUGUUGGUGGAGAUGAUCGACACUGUCAGGAUCCCGCCGUGGAACUUCCCGAGGCAACUGAAUGAGGCCAUAGCCGAGGAGCUCAACAAGAAGCUGGCCAACAAGGUGGUCUACAACGUUGGCCUGUGCAUCUGCUUGUACGACGUCACCAAGCUGGAGGAUUCCUACAUAUUCCCCGGGGACGGAGCCUCACACACUAAAGUUCACUUCAGGUAUGUCGUCUUUCACCCUUUUCUUGAUGAGAUCCUGCUCGGCAAGAUCAAGUACUGCAGUCAAGAGGGAGUUCAUGUGACGAUGGGCUUCUUUGAUGACAUACUCAUCCCACCGGAGUCUCUUCAGCAGCCCGCAAAAUUUGACGAAGCAGAGCAGGUUUGGCUGUGGGAAUACGAGACAGACGAGGGGGCUCAUGACCUCUAUAUGGACCAAGGGGAGGAGAUCCGUUUUCGGGUGACCGAUGAGGUCUUUGUGGACACUUCGCCGACGGGCCCGGCUGCCGCUGUGACGGAGACGCCGGCUCAACCGGGGCAGCCGGCGGCUGAGGCCAGCGCGGAGAAGAAGGAGCCACCAUACACCCUGAUUGGGACCAUCUGUGACCCGGGGCUCGGGCUGCUGUCGUGGUGGAACAGUUAACAACAGCCGAGGAAGGAGGACAUUUGGGGGGGCGUUACAAACUGAUCGGCCGGCUGGAGACCCAGAAGCCACUAGCUUGGACACGGAAAUAAAGGCACAAAGGGCCGCUCCCUGGACCAGGAUGCUGUUGGUGUAAAGUGACAGGUGUGGUCGGCCACAUUGAGACCGAUUGGGUGGUAAUAAUGCUCUGAACGCACCAGCUCCGUAUGAACAUGUGAAAUUCACCAGGUUUUUAAAACCACAAUCAUUUGAUUGACAUUUUUGUUAAAUUAUUGUAUCGCACAUAAAGUGAACCCUCCCCCCAAUUCCAAAGUAAACAUUUAUUAUUUUUUUGAAUAGUGCUUUAGUGUCCAACAUACACAGGUCACAAUACUUAACUUAACGGGUCAAAGUUUGUGCUUUUGAACACCAAACAGCACAGUCCGGAAUGAAUAAAGUUGGUUACUUAUUUUAUUUUUUUUAAUAGAAAUUAGACCCAUAGGGCAAAUUUGUAUUGCAUUGAUAUCACGAUCCAAACAAGGGUAACAUUACCACAAUUAAAAAAACAAACUUUUUCAACCUCCAAAAUAUAAACUUCUUGUUUCAAAUGUUAUGUUUCUCAGUAAAAAGGCGUAUCAUCAGUGAGUAGUUGUGAUGUUUUGCGUGUGAUUGUAGGAUCCGAAAAUGGAUUUAGUGGCCUGAAUUUGAAUCCCACAGUUUGGAGGCCACAGUCCUGCAUGUUGAUGACAGAUCUGCUCUGUACACUCUUAAUGUCAGUCGGUGUUUGUUCAGCAACACACACACUUUUUGUUUCUUGUGCAAUUAGACAUGUGGUAGGGGGUUGUUCAUGUGACAACUGCAUGGCCAGAAGAAUUUUGUUGUGUAACUGGGUCAGACUGUACAAAGUUCUUAUCAACAAAAAUACAUUGCUUGCACGUGAA